ACCUGGGUAUUUGUCGCAAGGUAUUUGAGCUCGAUCGAGCCGUCGCGAGAUCUCGAAAGGCUGAGCGAAAGCGGACUAGCGCGAAUCUUUUGUAGCAAGACGUCAUCGACUCAUUGGCUCGACGGCCAUAUGCCCCUACCAUUCCUUACACCAUGCUCACAUACUACAUGAGAGCAUGUCCCUCGUCUCGCGGGUCCUUCCAAGACUUUCACGUGGCCUGAAUCACACCGCCUAUCGACCUAUCACUUCAUUUCUACUUGUGUCCACACCGCACACCUUUCAUACCACAUACAUGAUGAGUAGCCCUGCGAAACGCAAGGCAGAAACGCAAGCUUCCCCUGCCAAGGCAAAGAAACCCAAAGUGCAGAUCCCAGAGUAUCAUCUUACGCCAUCGCGACGAGAUGAAGACGGGGAGAUUGUCUGGCCAGCACCAAAAGCACAGAUAGAGCGUGCGAGGGAGAUCAUCAGGGAAUGUGCAAGCGCCCAAAAGCCAACUCUUAUUCUUCCGGACAAGGAUGCAGAUGGCCUGUCCUCCGGAGCCAUUCUGCACCACACGCUCACAUCUCUUGGCCUGUCAUCCGAUCUAAUAUCUGUAUACUUCCCACCAAAGGGAAGUAAUGUUCAUGACGAAAGCACCCGCAGUACUGUCACUGAACUAUCGCCAGCCUACAUCUUCGUUCUAGACCAGGGAAGCCGGAAGACUGGUCCUUUUUACGAUGCAUCGCACAAAUGCCUUAUCAUUGAUCACCACUUCGCCGAAGAGGGCGGAUUUCCAGAGGGGGCAGAGUUUGUGACAGCGCACGAUUGUCCCCCCGUAGCAACGAGCGCUCUGCUCACCUACGCCAUAUGCUUGCCAUUGCAUCAAGAUUUGGAAGACAAAAUCUCAUGGCUAGCGGCUCUCGGAACACACGGUGACCUUGGCAACACGUUGAAGUGGCAACCACCUUUUCCAGAUAUGACUGCAACGUUCAAGAGGAAUCCGAAGAAGGCGAUCAACGAUGCAGUCGGCCUCGUCAACGCGCCGCGACGGUCAGCUGCAUAUAACGUCCAGGCGGCAUGGGAAGCUGUCAUCUCCGUGGAGGGUCCACAACCGCUACUGAGUAACGAAAAGCUACGCGAUGCACAGUUCGAGGUCAAGCAAGAAACGGAAAAGUGGUCGCAUGUACCGCCCAAGUUCUCGCGCGACGCGACCAUCGCUAUACUCACCAUCAGAUCGGCUGCUCAGGUACAUCCCGUCGUCGCCACGCGAUGGGCCGGCUUCUUGAAAUCGGACAAGCUCGAGAUCGUCAUGUGUGCGAAUGAAGGCUAUCUCCCAGGCAAGGUCAAUUUCUCGUGCAGAGUUGCGAAGCAUGCGCGAGCCCGAAUAGGUGACGACAGAGUCAACAUCAUCCAAACACUAGAGAGUAUAGUAGCAGACGAUCCAGAUCUUCGAGCGCGGCUUGGCGAAAGCUUCGCCAGGGGCCACAAAGAGGCUUCAGGCGGUAUCAUCAACGUCCAGGAGUGGGAGGAAUUCAAGAAGCUGAUGGGCGUCGGUGAGAACUCGCGGAAGAAAGCGGAAACCAAGACACCAGAAAAGAAGAAACCAGCGCAGAAAAACACAUUGCAGAAUUAUUUCGUCAAAGCGUCAUAGCAAAGAGUGGGUUUGGUGUUGGCGGUGUGGCGUGGUGAUGCGUUUUCGUUGGCUUUCGUUGGGGUUUCAGGAAAUUUCUGGUCUGAGGGUCGGGUGGACUCGCGUGGUGACGUCGGAGAAUCUCGCGUGACGGCAUGACUAUGACACGACGUUGCAGAGGCAACAUCACC